UAUCCUAUAGUGACAGUUCUGAUGACAUCUGUGACCCUGCACAGAGGCAUCACGAACCGGCAAUUUCCGCCCACAAUCCCCACCCAUCAGGGGAGGAGGGAUGCUGCUCAAAUCUCUCUGCAAAUGAGGACAUCACUGUUCCCUGAUGAGAACUGGAACAAACAGCAUGUGGGGCGUUUGAACAGGAUUUCCAAUUCUGAGCAGGAAAAUGGAAAAGCUGCUGAGAACUGCUUAAAACUUUGACAGAUCCGAAUUGUUGAUGUGAAAUCUGUGGACAUUAAAUGGCAUAAGUUGAUUUUUUCCCCCUUUUUAACAUUUUUUUUUCCUUCACAGAUGUGUCUGAGUUGUUUAAAAUAGUUUUUGUUCAUCUUCUAAAACUGGCAAAUUCCAAGAAGAAAACUUUGGACAGAGUCAAAAUGAAGUUUCAAAAUUUAGGCACGCGAUGCACGUUCGUCGAACUUCUACACUUUUACUUUUGGAUAUUUUUGAGCAGACUGUGACGAAUCCCUUGCGUACUUUUGGCACCAUGCCUUAUCAUGAUGAGGAAUACCCAGAUCAGCCUCUCUGGCAGUCGGUGCUGCUUUUCUGCUGCAAAGGCAUGAUUGAAGGGAUCAUGGUCAUCCUCUUCUUCUGGCUCCUGGUGCAGGUCCUCUUCACCAAACAAUUAGAAGUCCAUCUUCAGAUUCUUCUUCUGGUUGGCCUCACUGUCUUUUGCCUCACUUUGAUCCUGGGUUGUAUAAUCUGCUGCACAAAAAGCCAGAUAUGCUCAGGAGAAGACAAGGCUUCUGUCACAUCAGCACAGGCUCCUGUAGAACCCGUGACCCCUGCUCAGAACCGGCUGUCCACAGGAACAACCACCGCAUCCAGGCAGCUAUACGUGGAGCUGGAGGGAGACCCGUCAGAGUACCCCUCCACGUUUACCAGCCCGGCCCCUUCUCAGGAGGAGUUUCUCCCUGGGCUGUUUUCUGAUCGAGCUCAGCCCGCCUGUGAAGAAAACCAACAGGCAACGUCGUGUUUCUCCCCUCGCCGCUUUAGCUCACCGCUGCAAACGGCACCUCUUUACAAACCCAUGCACCCCAGUCGAGCGUCCCUGCCCUCUUUGCCCAAACUGGGACUGUUGACCAAAACAUGCAAAGCUCUGCAGAAGCGUUCCUCUGCCACUGAAGACAACAGACCAUAUAAUGAACACAGCAGACUCAACAGGCACAGGAUGAGCUCUGCAUUUAUGCCUGAAAACUCAAUUCCACUGGUUCCACUGAACUAUGGCUCCAACGCAGUCUCCAAACAGCUGUUUUCAUCCAAACCCUGCCUCCAUUUUACCAUGGCCUUCUCUGCAGACCAGCAGACUUUGGCAGUCACUGUCUUAAACCUCACUGGGAUGCCUCAGGGACUGGAGGGUUUGACCGUACUGGGCAGCCUGCCACCUCUGCACACCAGUCCGACUCCGGCAGCGUUUCGGAGCGGCCUCGGCCACAAAUCCGAAGGCCUGGUGCUGUUCUUGAACGUGAGCUCUGAGGAGGAGCUCCAGACUUGUGAACUUCGAUUAGCUGUAAAUGAGCAGAGAACACACAGGGCUGAAGGCUCCACUUUGGGUGAAGUGGAGGUCAAAUGUGGGGGAAGAGACUGGAGACCGGAGCAUCCGGUUCACCUCGUGAAAGAGCUCACCCACAAAAACCUGACAGCUGAACAGGGAUCUGUGAGCAGGUGGUGAUGUCUGAAGUACCAUGCUGACUUGUAGAUGACACUUGAUUUUUCUGUCAAUGCACUUUAUUCCUAUCAACAAAUAGGCCAGUGGUCAUCUUCAUAAGUUUUUCUAACCCACUUAUAUCCAUGGAGUAAAUGUUAACAUGUUGAGUCUUUAAACAAAACAGAAAGUUUGUGUUCCAGUUUGAAAACUUCUUUCAUCUCUCUUUCUUUUCAAUCAUUAGGUUUCUUGCUAAUUGGUUAGGUUUAAACUUAAGCUUUUUUUUAGUACUGGGACACUCAAAUCAACAGUAAUGUUAUUUACAAGAUGCAGAUUUGUUAGCUGAUAUAUGCAACACAUAACCCUGAGAUUAUAAAUGGCUCCUACUAGUUCAUAUUUAUAGUAAAAAUUAGCUUCACAUGCAGUGAAUCAAGUUCAUCUUUGGUUAGGAGAUUUUUCUGUGUUUUAUUGUGAACAGAGUUAUUAAGGGCAGGGGUUUUUGUCUGUUUUCACACUCCACAGCUUAGAAAAUAAUUAAAAUCACACACACACAUGCAAAAAAACAUGUUCUAAACUUUCCAAAACUGCAAAGUCUCAUGACUUACUUUUAGUCAGCGUUUUUGUCUUGUUUCUCUUAAAGCUGACAUAUCUAGCUUAAAAAUCUUUCUUUUUCACAUUUAAACUAUUCAGUUGGGGUCUAUAUAAAGUGGAACUGCAACGAUUUGACCUGGUUUCAUUGCAACUCCUCAAGCCCCUCUUUCACCCCUCCUGAGGUGUGUCUCAGAUCAACUCGUUUUGAUGCUGUCUCUUUAAAUCCAAAUGACUUGUUUAAUGGAAAAAUAACUUCUCUCACUUUCACAUGCUUCCCAAAGCUAUGAGUCACUGACCCCUUUUUACUGACUCAUAUUUCACCCAGGUUUAUGACGCCAUUGUUUAUUGUUUAUCUCCUGUUGACUUUAUUGUUUUAUGACUUCAUUCUGUUCUCAUUAAUAUAAGGUAUUUUACCAUCAGGCUAGGAUGUGGUGGAGAUAACCACCCCUGCUAGGGACAGUUUUCCAAACGUUUUCUUCUUGUCUGUUUAGAUAAUCAUGCAGAUAUCGGGUAUAAGAGGAGGCUCUCAGCCCCUGCCUCUUUAGCACAGAUGCUGUUCAGACCUGUGUUACACUUUUGUGCCUUGCAGCUGCAAUAAAACUCAGAUGAACA